CUCCGCUGCGCGCCACGCUUCCUGCGCAUUGCCGCAACCUCGUGCUGGCGUGACCUGACGACGCCGAAGAGGCUCAUCGCCGAGCAGACCGCGCGCAUGUGUUCUACACACAGAGCGCCAACUCACCUUCAGCAGCUUGUCGUACUUCUUGGCCUCCUUGGGCGCGAUCGGCGGGGGCGCCGCAACGGCCGCCUUGUCCUUGUCCGACUCGCCGGCGACAGCGCCGGCCGCGCCGCCAGCCGCCGCAGCAGCCGGCACGGCCGCGAGCGUGGAGCUGGGCGCCGGCGCGGCCUCCGAGCCCGCGGCGGGGUGGAUGGCGGAGCCCGGCGCAGUGCCCGCGGGCGCAAUGGCCGAGCCGGGCACCGAGCCGGCCGUGGGGCUGGCGGCGUCGGGUGCGGCGCUGGUGGUGGUGGUGAUGGUGGUCGUCGUCGUCGUGCCGAUCGGCGGCGACGUGGGCGCAGCGUCGGCCGAGAGCGGCGCGGCCGAGGCCGUGCUGGCCUCGCCGACGUGGCCGGCCCCGGCGGCGGGCGCCGACGUGUCGAGCUUGAGGUCGCCCGUGGGCGCGGCGCCCGAGGCGAGCACGGGGUCGGCCGACGUGUGCGGGGGAGGAGCGUCGCCGUUCAUCGUGUUGUCUGCGGCAAUGAGGGAGAGGGGAUGGGCAAUGUCGGUGGGGCGUGGAUGCGAAACGGCUAAAGCGCGCGUGAGGACGGAUAUGGGUGAGAUGCAGAAGGAGGCGGGCCUCGCCGCGCGGUGGAGUUUAUAGCGCGCCGCCGCCGCACGGGCAUCGCAGAGCUCCCUGGCCUCGCGCUGGGCGGGCAAGGCGGCACAAGCGCUGAGCGGGACCGCUGCAUCUGCCUCAGCGUCAGCAAAGGCCGCGGGCGUUUGUCCCUUGAUCGGAGAGGCGCAUGACACCACAGGCUCCGCCCGAGCGCAGCUGCGAGGCAGAGCGCAGCAGCGGCGGCGGCAUCCCCUCUGCGGCACGGCGAUCCGCUGCCGCGCGCCGCCGCGACGCAGCGCAUCCGCGCCCGCAGCCCGCCUCCGUUC